CGUUCAUCGUCGUGUUGUGGCGGUAAUUGUGUUGCUAACGUAGACUGUAUGUACAAGAUCCAACGGUGUGUGUAUGUCAAACGGUACAUUUUAUUUUAUAUCACGGUUAUUAAUUUUAAGAAACGCUUUUUGCAGCAACAAGUUUAAACAGGAUAUCCAGCUGUUCUUCAUCAGCUUUAUUAUAACUUUCGUCUUACCCGCGAAAUGUUACCAAACAUCAGUUCUUGUGUAAUAACAAGGGUUUGUAGGUAACCUUACGUUUCCUGCUGGUCCAAAUGGCACACAACGACGACUCUGAAAAGGACAUUUGGGAAUAUAAAUCUCUGGAGAAGAAAAGAAAGCGAAACGACUCAUCCUUUGUGACUAAAAGAAGAUGUGCUUCCAGAAAAAAGUCUAAAAAUGACACUUCAAUCGAGUCAUCCAACAAGAGUGAAAAUAACAAAGCAGCCGACUAUGUAGUGCAAAAUGGCUUUGUGGAAGCUCAUGAGUUUCCCCCAAAGCUGUCUUCUCCUAAAGAAACCGUGCAAAGUGAGAACCAUGCUGCUGAAGGACCAGCAUGUGAAGACCACUGUCCCAUCUGUCAGAUGCCAUUCUUCAUUUUGGUUGUACAGUCCCAAAGAUGGCAUAUUGCAGAAUGUCUGGACACUUCCAGGGACAAAUGCAAAGAAUGUCCAGAUGGGCUUCAGUGCUCCUCCACUAUUCCAAACCAUUACAAGAAGUUCAACCACACACUUCUCGCUCACAGCCGAGCAAACAGUAACACAGCCACCCUCAGUCUACCCCAGCAGGCUGAGAAAACCAGGGAACCCAUUUUAAGCUGUCUCCCAAGACUGACAAACUAUGACAGCUGCAUUUUAGAGAGCUCUCAUGAUCGUAGUUUCUCUGCCUCAUCCAGUCCCACUGUCUCUCUUCACCAACAUCACAGUGGAACACCUCCAUCAAAGCUUACAAAUGGCCUUUUGCUGCUGCGUUCUCCUGGGCCAGAGGAUUUUAAGAAAAAGAAAGGCUGGUUGUCCUCUUCUAAAGGCCAAAAGUCAGUCAGCUCUUCCCAAGAAAGUAAAACAGAAUCUUUAGGCACAAAUCAAGCACAUGAAGAUUUAUCUAAAGAUGACUCUUUCCUUGAAACUGAUGAAGCAAUAUCUUAUUCUCCUCUGUCUGAGCUCCCUGCAGAGACUGAAGUUGGUAACGGGUGUAGAAAAGCUCUUUUUGAUAAUGAUGCAUCUGAAAAUGAAGGCUCAAUGAUACUGUUUAAUGACAGCUUUUCAAGUGAAGAUGAGCUCCUCGCUGAAUUUGCAGAUAAUCAUUUGGAAGUCAGUAAUAUGCCUGAAAACGAUCCCGCUUCCUCAAACUCUCAGCUGUCUUCAGUUUCCUCAUUAGCACCUACUAAUGAAGAGGCUGUUUCUGCAGUUAAGGAAAACGGAGCGGAUUGUUCUGAUGGAAAAGGAGCUUUCUGGAAAUCUGCCAGUAAAACCAGCAGCAGCCUUCAGUCACCACAGAGUGUUGUUUUAGAGCACCUGAGAGAAACUCUUCUCAGCUCAGAGGGUCAGUGUGUCAGAAACCUGAACAACAGCAACAUUCAGCAGCACCAACCUCACACAACCCCUGAAGUGUUUUCCUCACAGAAACCAGCUGUACCAAGAUCUCAAAACAUGCCGCCUCAAAAGAGCCUGAACAAAGCCGGCCAGGCCUCUGGUUUGAAACAAACGGACAUUGGGGUUUUUUUUGGUCUCAAACCACUCAAGCAGAAGGAGCCUGAAAGUGGACCGAAAGAGCUCAGCACCUCCUCCAUUCCAACAGCUGGUGAGAACUCAGGACAGAAAAGACAAAGAAGAAACCGGCAGAGAAAAAGUAAAGCUGAUACAGCUGGAAAUGAAUCACAGGACACAGAAACUGUGAAUGAGUUGAGUUCAGUGGGUGGUCAGGGAGAGGCGGGAAGAGGUAGGACCAGAGGAUGGAGAAGAAGGUGGAACAGAGGCAAUGCUGAUGGAGAAGUCGAGUUGCCUCGUUGUCCAUUCUAUAAAAAGAUUCCAGGUACAAGGUUUGCUGUAGACGCCUUUCGAUAUGGAGAGGUAGAGGGCAUCACUGCCUACUUUUUAACACACUUCCACUCAGACCAUUACGGAGGGUUGACCAAGAACUCCACAUUUCCAAUCUACUGCAACAGAAUCACAGGGAACCUGGUGAAGAGCAAACUGAAGGUGGCAGAGCAGUAUGUCCACAUCCUCCCCAUGAACACCGAGGUCACAGUGGAAGGAGUCAGGGUCAUCCUCCUGGACGCCAACCAUUGUCCAGGAGCUGCCAUGCUACUGUUCUUCUUGCCCCACGGGCAGACAGUCCUCCACACUGGCGACUUCAGAGCUGACCCCUCGAUGGAGACUUACCCUGAGCUGCUCCGCUGCAGGGUGCAGACACUCUACUUAGACACCACCUACUGCAGCCCCGAGUACACCUUUCCCAGACAGCAGGAGGUCAUAAGCUUUGCAGCCAGCACAGCAUUUGAGACGGUGACCCUUAACCCACGUACACUCGUGGUGUGUGGAUCGUACUCUGUGGGGAAAGAGAAGGUGUUUUUGGCGCUGGCUGAGGUCUUGGGGUCCAAAGUGUGUCUCUCCAGAGACAAGUAUAACACCAUGUGCUGCCUGGAGUCGGAGGAGGUCAGGGAACGAAUAACCACUGACUGGAAAGCAGCUCAGGUCCACGUGCUGCCCAUGAUGCAGCUUUCCUUCAAAAAGCUGCAGGAUUACUUGGCUCGCUUUUCACAACAGUAUGAUCAACUGCUGGCCUUUAAGCCCACCGGCUGGACCUUCAGCCAGCAGGUGGAAUCUGUAGAAGACAUCCAGCCUGAGAUCAGUGGAAACAUCUCCAUCUAUGGAAUCCCUUACAGUGAACACAGCAGCUUUCUGGAACUGAAGCGUUUCGUCCAGUGGCUCAAGCCCCUCAAGAUCAUUCCUACAGUCAACGUUGGCAGCUGGGUGAGCAGGAAGGCGAUGGAGAAAUGUUUCAGCGAGUGGCUUUUGGAAACUAAAACUAGACUGUAACUUUUGUGCAGCUGGUCUCAAGAACUCCUCUGCACCUUGGUGGUCCUGGUGGCAAAGCCAAGAAAUUUACAGUACUUGAAGUUGCAUUGUGAGCAGUUCUGUUACACUACUUAUUUUUAUGACUGUUUAUUGAUGUGAUCACUGCGUAAAGUGGUUAGAUAAAAAGGACCAAAUGAUACAUAAAAUGGACAAGUAUUCACUGUACUUUGAAUGCAGACCUGGCUUAUUUAAGAGCUGUUUAACCCAAACAUAUUUACAGUUGAGCCUGAGCUGUUCAGACUUAUUGUAUGUUGGAAAUUAACUAACUGGAUGUGUUGUCAUGUGACCACUUAUACUUUUAUCAUGUCGUCAACAUACUGCAAAUGGGGAUCUUAAACUGCAAUUCUUUGAGUUUUUUUUUUCUUUUUUUAAAUGUAAUCAAAAUUUUAAUAUAAAAUAAAUUUUACACUUAAUCUUUUUUUUUUCUAGCAGCUUUACUCUUUUCAGGGGAUUUUCUUCAUUAAUCUCCUCGAACAUGCAUCAGAUGUCUUCCUGUCACAUUACAUGUGACGGAUGAACCAUUGAGGACGAACGCCUCUGUUACGGCUUUAGAACGGAAACUUGUUUUGAAGUGCCGGCAGUUUAUUCAGGUGUUUAUCUCUAAGACUGCAGAGACGUGGAGUUCAGAUGUGGCUCUGAAUGUCUCUCUGUAAAUCUUGCCGCUUGAUUUUUUUUCUUUCUUUCUCUCACUAGAUAGAUAUGAUAUAAAGCCAUCAUAAUUUUGCUGUCUGUAAAUUAACAACUACAAAUGGUUUUUCUGAGCAGUAUAUUAAAUAAGGGAUUUAUUAACUGUUCAAACUAAAGAUGGCCAAUUAACAGUUUUAGGCAGUUCUGACAUAUUUGGAAAAUUAUGUCCAAUCACAUUCAGAAAUCUGUCACACUGUGAAACGUGCCUAAUGGAGUGGUGCAGUCCUGUAUUUUAUUGCUACAUGCAUGCCGCUGUAGGGUGCUGAGGUCAUUUUAAGAGGUGGGAGUCUGAAAGCUGCUGUUUUUCCAUCUGCAAGGUUUUACCCUGAUUAGUAUGUUAAUGAAUUAUUUUCUAAUGCAUCUGACAUUAAUGAAUUUGCUUCAGUAUUUCUUCUUGUAUUAAAUAAAACAAACCCACAAU